GCGAUCUAAUCACAUAAUUUCUUAUCCGGCUGAGACUGACUUGACUGAGAAAGCAAAAAACAGAAACCGGAAGCCAUCCACGUAGACUCUGAACCAGAGGGAAAGGAGAAGCAGCAAGAGUUAGCAAUGGCGACAAUCGCCCAGCAGCAGUUCGCCGGACUUCGAUGCCCGCCGCUCUCGACUUCUCACCUAGCCAGAAGGGCCGCCGCUGUCGGGGUUUCUUCCUUCCCGACUUCUCGCUCCGGCAGAAAGUCCAAUUUCAUCGUGUCGGCCGUCGCAAUAUCAAAUGCACAGACCAAAGACCGGCAAGAGCUGAAGCAGCUCUUCGAGGACGCUUACGAGCGCUGCCGUACCGCUCCCAUGGAAGGAGUUUCGUUCACCGCCAAGGAUUUCAUCGCUGCUCUCGACAACUACGACUUCAAUUCCGAGAUUGGUACCAAGGUGAAGGGAACGGUUUUCAUGACUGACGCGAAUGGCGCAUUCGUCGACAUCACUGCCAAGUCCUCCGCGUAUUUGCCAUUGCAAGAGGCGUCCAUUCACAAGCUGAAGCAUGUGGAGGAAGCUGGCAUACUUCCUGGAAUGAGGGAAGAGUUUGUAAUCAUCGGUGAGAAUGAGGACGACGAUAGCCUGAUCUUGAGCUUGAAGAUGACUCAGUAUGAUCUCGCUUGGGAAAGGUGUAGGCAACUUCAAGCUGAGGAUGUCAUUGUGAAGGGUAAGGUUGUUGGUGCAAACAAAGGUGGAGUAGUUGCUGUGGUGGAGGGCAUGCGAGGAUUCGUUCCAUUUUCGCAGAUAUCAUCAAAAUUAACAGCAGAUGAACUCCUGGAUAAGGAGCUCCCAUUGAAGUUUGUUGAUGUCGAUGAGGAACAGUCUAGACUUGUAUUCAGCAACAGGAAGGCCAUGGCUGAUAGUCAAGCGCAGCUUGGUAUUGGAUCGGUGGUCACUGGAACGGUGCAGAGUCUGAAACCGUAUGGUGCAUUUAUUGAUAUCGGUGGAAUCAAUGGCCUUCUCCAUGUGAGUCAAAUUAGUCACGAUCGUGUGGCUGACAUUGCAACAGUUCUUCAACCUGGAGAUACUCUCAAGGUCAUGAUUCUAAGCCAUGACCGUGAGAGAGGUCGUGUGAGUCUUUCUACCAAGAAGCUGGAGCCCACCCCUGGCGAUAUGAUCCGCAACCCAAAGCUUGUUUUUGAGAAGGCUGAGGAGAUGGCCCAGACAUUCCGGCAGAGAAUCGCUCAAGCGGAAGCCAUGGCGCGAGCUGAUAUGUUGAGAUUUCAGCCUGAGAGUGGACUGACCCUAAAUUCCGAUGGGAUUCUUGGGCCAUUGUCAUCUGAUAUGCCUGCUGAAGGUUUAGACUUGAGCGACCUUCCUCCAGAGGAAGAAUGAUCGUUCUUUUUCUCGUUUAUUGAUCUUCUCCUCUGUUGUAAUGCAAAUAGAUUCUUUUCAACUGA